GCAAGACAGAACUUCGCACUGAUUCAGUUAGUUGUGAGUGAAAAGGGGAAUAUGAAGGCUUACACGCUCAUUGUGUGUGCCAUUAUCUGUCUGACCUCAGAAAAAUGCUACGGCAAAUCAAAACCCAAACCCUCUUGCCAUUACCCACCAUCUCAGUGGUGUAAGACUCUGGAAAUAGCAAUAGAAUGCAAGGUUCAGAAGCAGUGUCUGGAGCUGAAUGCCACCAAGCCAGACCCAGCCGUCCCAAAAGUGGUGGUGGGCCUAUACUAUGAGAGCCUAUGUCCCGGCUGCAGGGGCUUCCUGGUGAGGCAGCUUUUCCCCACUUGGGUCAUGCUGAUGGACAUUAUGGAUGUGGAGCUGGUGCCUUUUGGUAAUGCACAGGAGGAAGAGCAUGCAGGAAAGUAUGAGUUCCAGUGUCAACAUGGAGCUGAAGAGUGUCAAGGAAACAUGAUUGAGACCUGCAUUAUGAAUGUUACAGAUGACGCAGCAUUCCCGAUCAUUUUCUGCAUGGAGUCAUCCUCAGAUGUCCUCAGUGCAGCCCAGCCUUGUUUACAGCUGUAUGCCCCAUCGGUGAAGUGGGAGACCGUUAUGUCCUGUGUGAAGGGAGACUUGGGGAACAAGUUGAUGCAUGAGAACGCACUGAAUACCAAUGCACUCACACCACCCCAUCAAUAUGUGCCCUGGGUGACCAUCAAUGGGCAACACACAGAGGACUUGCAAGACAAGGCAAUGUCCUCUCUUUUCAGCCUGGUCUGUAGCACGUAUAAGGGAGGCAAACCCCCAGCCUGCACAGGAGCACUGAAGAAACUUGACAGGAGUUACUGCUAAAGCAAUGCAUUUAUUCUUUGGGCUAAGGACUGUGUUUUAUGGAGAUCACAAGAUCGUGACUAACUCUUGGGUCAGCUAUUCAUGCACAGUACCGUAUUUCAUAUUUCUGCUGUUACACCUAUGUUAAAAUCACUUUUCUUUUGCUAACCAAGACACUUCAAUAUGUACACUAUUGUCAGUAUCCAUUUUAACUGACAUAUUUAUGAAAUGGAACAACAUUUUUUGGCAUUUGAAGACAGUUCUAUCUUUAACAUUCACUACUAUGAAGUGUCUUGAGGUGCAUCUUGACCAAUGACAACUGUUACGUAUGUGAGAUUUAACCAUGGACUCUAUCGGCUGUUUAACGGAGUGCAGAUGUGGAAAGCACAGUUUUGUCCACAGUCAUUUGAAAACUUUCUGUGGUUUUUUUGAGGCAGGUACAUAAUUUGCAAAAUUAGGUUUGGAAAAC